AGAAACAUUUCCCCCCCUGUAUGAGCAACCUCCCAGUCUGUCUGCUGUGAUUGCAGAAAGCAAAUGCUUUUUGCAGCUGUGGGAUGCAGGAGAUACUCAUCCCCUCCCAAAGAAAGCUGAACAGAGAUUAAGAGGUGAAUAAUGUCCCGCAGAAAGCUCCCCGGUCUUUUCCCCAUCUUGCUGGUUCUGCUUUUGACCAUGAACAUUUUGUUUAUGGUGUAUAUGAAGACUACAAUCAAAAACCUAAGGAAAGAGAGCUCGGGACAUUUAGAAUUUCACACCUGGAAGUCUGCAGAAGAAAAUGUCCUUUUGGAACAUUUAGAACACAUAGAGACAAUGGUUCGAAAUAUAUCAAAUACCAUAAAAUCAUCAAGGAAUGUGGAAGAAAGGAAACGGGCAGAUAAUAUACAAUUGUUAGAGAAAUCUGCGGAUGAAGCACAGGAAGCCAAGGAGGCAAAGAAGGAAGAGGGAAAGCACAAAGCUGCACCCAGAAUGCGGUUCCCAGACUCCCAUUUGUUUAAAAGGUGGGGUGGCGACCUAGCAGAAGACCAGCAACUGGAAGCUCAGGCCCUGUUUGAACAGUAUGGGUACAAUGCCUACCUCAGUGACCAGCUACCUCUGGACAGAUCUCUAGAAGACACCAGGCCUUCCAGGUGUUUAGAGAAAAAAUAUCCUCAUGACCUCCCAACAAUUAGCGUUGUUCUCAUAUUCAUAAAUGAAGCCACAUCCAUCAUUUUGCGUGCAAUCACCACCAUAAUCAAUAGAACGCCUUCCCAUCUCUUGAAAGAAAUCAUCUUGGUUGAUGACUGCAGUUCGCAUGAGGAGCUAAAAGGGCCUUUGGAGAAGAAGAUCAAAAGGUACGAUGUAAAACAUCCGGGGCUGCUGAAACUGGUCAGACAUCAGAAAAGAGAGGGUCUCACGCAAGCUCGAAUUUCUGGCUGGAAAGCAUCCAGCGCUGAUGUUGUGGCUAUCCUGGAUGCUCAUAUUGAAGUCAAUCGUGGAUGGGCUGAACCCAUUCUGUCUCGAAUCAAGGAAGAUCGCACUAUUGUCAUAUCCCCAGUGUUUGACAAAGUCUGCUUUGAUAACUUUGAACUUGUUCGGUACACUGAGGCUGCAGAUGGAUUUGACUGGGCCCUCUGGUGUCUCUACGAGUCAAUCCCAACAGACUGGUAUGGACUUGGAGAUGAAACAGCACCAAUCCGGAGCCCUUCUGUUAUGGGAAUAUUUGCUGCGAACAGAGAGUUUUUGGGAGCGAUUGGGGUACUGGAUGGUGGAAUGCAUAUAUAUGGAGGAGAAAAUGUGGAGCUGGGCAUCAGGACUUGGCAAUGUGGAGGGAAAAUUGAAGUCUUGCCAUGUUCAAGGGUCGCCCACAUUGAGAGAACUCACAAGCCCUACUUGAUGGAUUUGACCAUUGCUAUGAAACGGAAUGCAUUGCGUGUAGCAGAAGUGUGGAUGGAUGAGUAUAAAAAUAUGGUCUACUACGCAUGGAAUAUUCCUUUGGAGAAUCAUGGAGUAGACUUUGGAGAUGUUUCUUCUAGAAAAGAACUUAGGAAGAAACUGAAUUGUAAAAGCUUUGAUUGGUAUAUCAAAAAUGUGUAUCCUAACUUAGUACCUCAGACUGCCAUUGUGGCCUAUGGAACAAUGAAAAAUGCAUUAAAGAAGGACAUCUGCAUAGAUCAAGGACCAAUGCCUGGAAAUACUCCCAUAAUGUAUGGCUGUCAUGGAUACAACUCACAGUACAUAUUCUACCACAGCACUGGAGAGAUCUAUGUGGGAAAUUUAAGAUCUCAGCGCAGUAUGGUUGAUCGAUGCUUGGUUGAUACAAGCCAAGGAGAGCUGCCCUUUCUAGAGCAAUGCAAUGAGGCUUUAAAGAAGGGCCUGAACAUGCACUGGGAUUUCAGACAGGGAGCAGCUGUAAUCAACAGGAAAACUAAAAGAUGUCUUGAAAUUGUGAAAGACCAAGGGGCAUCAGUUUACAGACUUGUUUUGCAAAACUGUACGGGUCAAAAGUGGACCAUUCAACAUACUGUGAAAGACUGGGGUAGCAAAGGAACUGCUGGAUAAUUCAUAUUGUUCAACUGAACAAGCAGAUAAUGUAAGAUUUUAAAUACCCACUUGGGAAAUAGAAAAUUUGGACAAGGAAAUGUUGAGUAUUAGGGGAACAUGAAAAAUAGACAGUCUUGUUGGAAAGCAUGCUGCUGAACUUUUGCUGCUGGGAAAUCAGUUUCUAAGCGUAUAGGAGCCUACCUUGGAUCCAGGGCCAGCCCUGCCAUUAGGUAAACUAGGCGAUUGCCUAUGGUGCCAGCCUUCUCGGGGAGCCGAAUUGGGUGCCCACUAUGACUUGGUGAUGUUAUCUGCACAGGGGGAGUGUCAGAAGUUAACCUUGCCUAGGUUGCCAGACAGUCUGGGGCCAGUCUUGCUUGGAUCAGAACUACAACAUGAAGGAAGAAAAGGCUUCUCUCCCCCUCAUUCUUUGCCCAAUCCAAAUUUGCCCUGGGGGUGCUAUUUGCCCCUUUGUGGGGUGCACACUGGGGCACUGCAGCCAUUUUGGGUCAGCAAAACAGCAAGAGAGGGAAGGCAGAAACUCCUUUUUGUCCACUGAGCUCUUGAUUGAAAUUGUGCCCCCACAUGCUUGGGAACUGAGCUUCCAGAAGGGAACCCACAGCUGGCAUGUGGCUGACAGAGAGUCAGUUCCACAAAUCCAAAAUGAACCCAUGGAAAAGAUAACCAGAAUUUUUCACUCUUUUAUCUUAAACUGGUUCCCCAUUUCCAUACUGAUUGUAGUUGCUUGGUCUUCCCUUUUGAAUUCUUUUUAGCAAGUCAGUUUGGAUGAAAGUUUCCAAGUUCAUUCUGCAAUAAUGUUAGACAUUUCCUACCUUUUCUCAAAAUGCCUCACCGAACAGUUUAAGAGUUAUACUUGCUUUUAUUGUAGCAACAUCACAGUUGUUGGUUCACCAGCAUCUAGCACUUUCCCCAAAUCCCUGAUUUCUUUGUUUUUAGAAUUUUCAAAUGAGUUGAAAAAAGUUUUCUUGAUAACUAAACAAUAAAUACAUAGUUAAGAUUU